UUCGCAGCUUAUUUUUUUUUUCUGCCCGUCGUGUUGCCAAAAGAUAUGGUCGUCGCACACACACAACCCAGCACUUCCGGAGCUGCUCCCGGACACAAGAAAAGCAGACGAAAAACCUCAAAAAAAUCGUCAAAUGCAAUUGCAUCGAAGUUGGUGGACAGAGAUGCAGAUAUGGAUCUCAACGAGGGCUCGACUAUCACAGACGUUAUACCCGUGCAGGAUGACAACAUCGACGACGAAGUCGUUAUGAUUGACGCUGAAUCGACUUCACUCCCUCAAGCAUCCGCUGUUCUAACCCUUCCGCCCUUGGCCGAUGGUGCGCAAAGUGGACCUCUGAAAUCAGAAACAAGGCGGAUACCGAUACCCCCACAUCGAAUGACACCAUUAAAAAAAGAUUGGAUUAAUCUGUUCGGCCCAUUAACUGAGAUAUUGGGUCUGCAAGUGCGGAUGAAUGUUCAGAGAAGAUCCGUGGAAAUACGAACAUCAAAGCACACCAAAGAAAUAGGUUCACUACAGAAGGGCGCAGAUUUUGUGAAAGCGUACGCUUUAGGGUUCGAUGUUAACGAUGCGAUCGCUCUCCUCCGUUUAGACGACCUUUACCUCGAUUCAUUCGAGAUCAAAGAUGUGAAAUCACUACAAGGCGACCACCUCUCGAGAGCUAUCGGUCGAAUUGCUGGCCAAGAUGGUAAAACCAAAUUCACGAUCGAAAAUGCAAGCAGAACACGGAUUGUACUAGCUGAUACUAAAAUCCACAUAAUGGGCUCAUUUCAAAACAUCAAAAUCGCUCGCGAUGCCAUUGUAUCACUGAUUCUCGGUUCACCACCAGGGAAAGUGUACGCUGGCCUGCGAACGGUCAGUAGCCGUAUGCGACAUCGCGCAUUAUAAUCCUUCUGUCUCUAGAUAUGUAACAUUUCUUUGAAUACAUUCACCAG